AACCUGUCAGCGUACACAAGUGUGUUUCCCGGUCUUGAAAUGUACAAGUUCAUCGUUUUGGCAGUGCUCGCAGCCGUCGUCGGUAGCCUGGCCGAUUACGCACCCCCGAAGUAUGAAGCACCGAAAUACGAAGCACCAAAGUACGAAGCCCCGAAGUAUCACGCACCGGCUCCAGCUCAUCAUGGCGGUUACCACGCUCCAGCACCAGCUUACCAUGCUCCCGCUCCAGCACACUACGCCCCGGUUGCCCACCAUGCCGCUCCAGUAAAGUGCGGCGCCAAUCUGCUGGUAGGAUGCGCACCAAGCGUAGCCCACGUGCCCUGCGUCCCAUCGUACGGUGGAUACGGUGGUCACGGUGGACACGCAUACGGACACAGCCACGUCGGUAGCCCACACCGAAGUGCCGAUUCCGAGGCAUUCGAAUCCUUUGAGUAAUGGAACAGCCAUUAGCAGUCGUUUGUGGAAGAAUUAACAGGAAAUACUCGCCUCUAGUUGGAAAUAUAGUUGAACUUUCCAGUUGUCGGACAGCAGCAACAAAUGAACAGAAUGUAGUUAGGUAGUGAAUUAUUAUAAUAAAUUUGUGGUUUGUAGCGAUAGUAA